GCAUCCACCGAGGGCAAAGAUUUCGAGCUGAACUUUCGCGAGGCGCUACGACUGCCGUUCGUUCGUCCUGCGGCGCUCAACAAGGACACUCUGCGUGAUCAAAUGAAGGAUGUCGGCCGUCAGUUGCCGCAGCUGGCCGAAGAGAUGAACAGGCAAGACUCGAGGCUGACAAAUGACACCCGUGCGGCCAGCCCGGCGGCGGCUCCAUCUCCGACAGAUUCCAGAGGCACCCCGUUGCUGCAGACGACCAGACCCAUCAACCUGGAGGAGCUACUGCACUGUCUGCCUCCUCACGCUAACGGAGCCGUCUCCGAGAUGGAGCCGCAUCUAAAGCUACUUUGCUUAGUGGCAUCCGCCUGGCAGCCUUUUGAUCUGUACAGCCGGGUUACUACGGUCCUUGGUUCUUCCUGCCUGUUCAGUGGCUUAGCAUAUUUCUCCUUGUACUACAACAAGUUUGACGCCGACGGAAGCAGCAGCAUGCCCACGGAGGCUUGGUGCAGCUUUCUGUUUAUGUCGACAUUGGCUUGGUGGAACCUCACCAUCGAGAUUUCAGGUAGCAAGCUCGACCUUUUCGUUGCUGCGCUGCUAAUUCUCGUUGGUCCGACGCUGUGGGUGGCCUCGAACAAGCCGACACUACACGCCAGUGUGAUGCAGCACUUCGGCUACCCAGUGUUGGUGACCAUCCAGGCCUCCUGGAUUUGCUUCUUGGGCAUCCGGGCCUUCACGUGCGGUGGGGAGUGGCCUCACUUUUUCACGAGCACCCGCUACCUGAACGUUGUCCACAAGCAACGGGGUCCCAUCGAAAUCCCCGUGGACAUCGCACGGAAGGUGCAUGAAGACGAGGAUACUUCCACCGAGUCAUCUGUGAAUUUCAAGGAUUCGCAGCAUGCCAUGGCCUUGGCGCAGCCCCUGAUCGAUGUCUUAAGUUGCAUCGGCGAUUUGCCUCAGUCCACCUCUUCCCGUGCGGCUGUGUUCCAGGCUAGAGACUGGCUGAGAGAGGCCGCACGUGCUGCUGGUGUGUUGCGCACAUCUCUGAUGGUCAAGGGCUUUUGGAUCUACCUGCCAAUGACGGGGCUGGACAACGAGGGUGCUGUGCCUCACUGGGUGGAUAUUCACAGCAUUGACUACUCGGAGAACUGCAAGGACCAGGAUGCGACGGAAGCAUUUAUGCUGCCGGAGCUGCUCCAAGCUGCAGACCUGGCUGCGGAGACCCUGCACGCACACGCCGUGCGCUGGACCGUGCAUGACAUGCUCAGGCUUGCAUCCUACGGAGGAGAACCAGUCACGGGCGUGAACAGCUUCCUCUUUCAGUUCGAGAACAUCUCGGAACAGAUGCGAACUUUCGUGCCUUCUGCGGACUAUCUCUUCAAAGUUGCAAUGGGCUUGGUGUCACUGUUUUGGAUCAUGGUUUGGGUAUGGUCCAUCAUGGCCGCCACGGAACUAUUCCGGAAAGUCUCCCUGAGCGGCACGAUGCAGCCCUUCGCCCUGGACACUCCGUGGCGCACGGUGACUUCUUUUGGCUGCACACUAGAAGGAGAGCACUACGUCGUGACAGAUUCCGUCGUCGUUCAGAUCCUGUCAGAGGAGGGAAACGUCUGGCUCCAGUUCGGUGCUUGUGAUGGUGCCCCGAUCCUUGCCGUGGAUUUUGGCCAGCAGGGCGAAGUGGUCGCCACCUGCGAGAGAGGCAUCCAAGCUACCUGGCUGUCCGGUGCGAAGGUGCAAGAUCAGUUCUGGGUGUCCAACAUCUCGAACUUGCAGGAUGUUUCGGUGGACCGGUCGCCAUUGGAGGACACGUUUCACCUGGAUGCAAUCGCCAUCAGCGGCACGCGCCUCGUCGGCUUGCGGUACCACCCAGACUCCACAUGGCAGGAAGUUGGCAUACUAAAUGUGCCGCCACACAAGGGCCUCUUCACGGCCGUGGCUGUUCGAAUGGGACGUGCUCUGCUUUUAACGAGCAUGGACGAGAUGUACGAGCUGGACGUCCCAUCAGGAAUUUGGGCUGGACCGAUGUUGCUGCCCAACAAAAACAACGCCGACUCUUACGACUGGGUCUCCAUGUGCAGAUUGACGCACGGCAGGUGGCGCUUCUUGGGCCAUCCCAGCGGUCAACCCAUGCAGAUGUGGAGCUUUUCACGGCCACCCGUGAACGAAUUGCAGUCCCACCUGGUGGAUACCAAAACGGAAUCCGCUUUCGGGUGCCGCAGGUCGUACGACCAAAUCAAAGUGCUCAAAAAAGUCUAUAUCAUGGCCAGAACUCAAGAUGCAGUGAAGAUUAGUGUGGGUCAGAGAUGUCCUUUCGGUUUCUUCUCCUUCACCUCCAACAUCGACAGUCACUGGAUUUCUUCUGGGACCUCGGCGGACCGCGUCCUCGAGGUCCACGGUGCCGUGAAAUGGCUCCAGUGCUCCAAGCCUUGCUGCCCGGACGUGUGGAAGGCGCCGGCUGACCUCUGCCUGGCAGAGGAUCCCCAUUCCCAUCGAGUGCAGGGAGUGUUGCCAAGCUGCCCGAAGUGCAAGGCAGUCGCCAGACCCAACGUGCAGAUGUUUGGUGGGGAUUCUGGAUUCUCAAGGGCACGACGAGGGGCGCAGAACACCAGGUACGAUGCGUGGGUCAACAGCUUGGCAUCGCGGCCGGAUGUUAGUAGCCUGAGCGUUGUUUGCCUGGAAGUUGGCUGUGGACUCACAGUUCCAACCGUGAGACGAGAGCUUGAGAAGGUCGUGCAGAGAUUCCCCGGCGGUCGCCUCAUUCGAGUGAAUCCCGAGAACCCUGGACUUGCCAAAGAGCUGGUCGAGAAAGGAGUAAGCCUGCCGCUGCCGGCAGGUGCUGCCAUCGAAAAACUGAGUCAGCAGGUGGCGCAAACCGAGGAGAUCAUGCAGGCGACCUACGUCCUCUGGGGCCACGAGGGCGGCUGCGAGAUCCGUGCGCCUUUCGGGACCUGCCUCGGACGGCUUCUGCGAUUGGUUGAAACGCAGGGUCGGAUGACAGUGGAGUUCAAGCCGGACGUUGUCGGAAUCGUGAAGCAAGCGAUGGGCCCCAGGACGGAGCCUCUUACCUUGGAGAGGUCUGUGCCGAUGGACAUGUACCAGGAAGUCAAAGUUGGAGAUGGCGCGAAGUUGGAGGUGACGGCCAUCAUACGGGUCAUGGCCAAAUUCUCGGGUGGCAGCUCCAGUGUGGGCGGUUUCAGCCUGAACGCCCCUUUGGCCAUGCGCGUGGACCAGGUGUGCAAGCUCCUGGACGAGGUCAACCACGCAUUCAGCCAGCCUGAGUGUCGCAAAGGUCGCAAUGUGCGAAUGGACUGCACAUCGCGAGACUGGACCGCUCGGAGCUCCCAUGGCCACCUCCGUCGUCCCUUGCCUCCAGCGUCGGCACUCGGUGCUCUGCACCGGAGGCCACGGCAACGCCCGAGGCAGGCAGAACAGCGGCACCGGCGAUGGCACCGCGACUCGAGCUCGAGCUCGUGGAGCUGGCCAGGCGUUUCCGCUUGCUGCGUAUCGUUGCCUCAAGUUUCCUCAGUUGGCAGAAGGAGGCACUGCGGAAGCGGCCAAAGCGGCACAAUGAGCGACGCCAAAGGUGGCUGCCGGAGGCGAGCCAUUGCUUCCUUGGUCCGGGCGGCACAGGGUCCCUUGCAUCGUGCCCUGGUUCGGUUGCAGCAGCCCGUCCUCUUCCGGCGAGGCAAGGCGGCAAGGGCGGCGCUUCUAGAGAUUAUUCAUCGACGCACGCAGCGUUGCUUGGCGCAGUGCUGGUUCGCAAAGGUUCUACUUCGUUCAGCCUUUGUCGUCUGGAGACCGGCGCCGAUGCAGAGGCCGAGGCAGGAGCUUUCUGGAGAACCGCAGGUAGAGGGUCUGCCUUCUUCGCCCUUUGUGCUGUCCGACUCCGCCUUCUCCCGUAGCCAGGCGGCCGGCGGAAACGCUCCCGGCGCGGGAACGCGCCCGCUUAACGAGCUGCAUCAGGCAGAAACUUGGCAAAGUUCCGGUCUGCCCCAUUCGCCGGACUCCCGCUCCAGACAGCUCAGACAGGUGCCAGGCCCUCCAGAGCCAGUGGCAAGCCAACCACGGAGCGUGCUGCUCCGAGUACAGCAGGAGGGAUUCCUUCGAUGGUGGCGUGCAAUUCGGAUGGACCUCGGCAGCGAGGAGCUUGCAGAGCAGCGGCGGAAGGCUGCACUCCUCGUUCUUUUGCGUCAACGUUCUCAAAGUAUGAUCGCUUUCCGACACUAUGUGGCAGCGCUGCAAAGAAAGGCCGUGUCUGGCUUCCAGCAUGCUGCAGACGAUGAGGCGAUGUCCCGAAGGCUCCCGAUGAGGCGUGCCAAGUCGCGGUGCGCGAACCGUGCAUCUCACAGGAGCCAGGGUUUGCGAGGGAUGUCUGCUGCAGAGGUCAUGCGCAAGGGUUGGCGGCGCUGGCGAUUUGCUGCGUUGUCCGGUCAGCGCGUUGUUUGCCAGCUCGAACGACCUGCAAAUGUGACACUGAAGUUGUGCCAGAUCGCAUCGGAGAUCGAUUCCUGUCGGAGCAAGGCGCAUGGCCUGGAGCCAUGUACGCGACUGCCACGGUCGUCGAGUGUGGAAGAGGCCUGGUCUGUUCUGGCCUUGCCACCUCCAGCAGAGGCAGCACCAGAGGUGCCGGAACAUCUGCGGCUGCUAGAGCAGGCAUUGGUAGCCUUCGAUGACGAGCAGACCGGCUGGUUGGGUCGCACAUCCAAGGGAGCUUCGCCACCCUCUGUCUUGUGGGAGCAUGCUGGCACGGUGCUGCAGGGUGCCGGUGGUGCAGGCAAUGCAAAAAGCGCGGGGAGGUGGCCUCCCGAUGUCGUUUGGUCUCCACCGCGACCUUCCCGUCCUCCAAGAGGCACCGAGGUCUGGAAGGACGGCCUCUGCAGCACCGACUCCACCCGCGCAGAGGAUGCGCCUGGCAUCUUGCCGGAUCCGCGCUUUGUGCCGCAGCGGACCGAGGUCAAAGAGAGCUACCAGGAGCAGCAUAACGUGGGUAGAAGUGCACGAGGGAGUGUGGACCCUGACAAGCGGUCCCACCUUGUCGUUCUUUUGAAGCUGCACAGAGCAACGAUUGGCAAUGUUGCGAUCUCAAGCCAUGCAGAGCCUCAAAGGUACCAGAAGGCUGCUGAAGGCUGUGAGGAUCGUCGAAGUUUACUGAAGGAGACCCGGAACAUCCAGUUCGAGGUCCUCCCCAAGUACGGCAUCGAAGCCACAGAGAAGGGUACUUCCAUCAUGGCCGCGUGGAUCAGCUCGGCUCAAAACGGCAUCAAGGACGUGGAAGACAAGGUCGCAGCCUCCAUGCAUUUGAGCCGUAUAGCUUAUGCAUCCAAGCUUCCCUUGGCGAAGAACAAGGCGAAGGAGGCUGUGCCGACACCUGCGCAAACACCCCAGACGCAGUCCGUGGCAGUGGAACGUGCGCCUUUUCCCGAGAGGAAGGCGUCGGCGCCGCCGGGGAAGCCUCCGCCUGCGGUCGCUCAGGCACCGCCAAAGGCCACUCCCUUGGGUGUGGCCACCCCACCUGUGGCGUUUGGCUCCCCUCCUUGGCAGCCUGCAGUUGAGAAGGAGGAGAGACCAGUGGAGAAGAAGGAGCCUCCAAAGCCAAAGCCGAAGCCGAAGGAAGAGAAGCCUCCGCAGGCACUGACGGUGACGCUUACCAGGUUCAGUACCUGGGAAGACCCGACUCCACAGAGGUUCCAGGUGGAGCUUAUGUCCAACACCAAAGUCUCGGAGCUGCGAGCGAAAAUCGCAGAGCUUUGUGCACUGGGCGACUCCGAGACCCGGAAAGUGAAGCUCAUCAAGAGGAAAAAAGCUGGCUUCGUGACCGCUCAGGAGACGGAGAGUGUCUCCAGCGAAGUCUUCGUCCAUCAGAUAGAAAAGUGGCCGAAGUGA